UCUGUCAACACAAUUUUCAUCGACAGAAUAAAAUUAUAACAUAAUUCCACGAAUCAUACAUUCAUACUCGCGAGUGUUUCGAACUGCGAAGGUCUGCAAGGUCCAAAAUGCGUCUUCCUGACGUUAACGUACAAUUGUUACCCAUCAAGGCGCAUUUUUUCCUCUCGAAUGGCGGCACGUCGCCACUGACUCCAUACCUGACCACCGUGGCCAAACAACGGGGCUACUCUGCACGACUGGUGGGCGCCGUCUUCUCAGUGCUGCCCCUCGCCGCAGUGUUUGCCCGUCCCGUUUUCGGCGCCGUGGCCGAUCACUUCCGAUGUCAAAAGACCAUGUUCCUGUGCUUCAUCGUCGUGGUUACUCUGAUAACCGCUUCAUACGAUCUCGUACCCGACCCACCAGCGGACGUCGACAACAGGCGGGACGAGAUCGCGCUUGCCACUCACCAGUUCUGGUUGUUUUGCGUCUUCUUGGCGGCCAGAUACGUCACGAUCAGCAUUGUCACCACUUUAUCGGAAACCAUGUGCUUGCAAAGUUUGGGUAAAGACACGCACAAGUUUGGACAACAACGAUUGUGGGGCUGUAUCGGUUGGGGUUCGGUUUCUAUGAUGACGGGUUGGUUGAUCGACUGGUAUAGUGGUGAGAGUUCGAUAAAAAACUACACGCCCGGAAUCAUCGUGUCAAUAGUUUUCUUGUUGGCAGACUUGCUGGUUGCAUUUAAUAUAGAUGAUUGUCAAAGUGAUGUCGUAUCAAAACAUAUUUUCAAAGAUCUCAGAAAAGUGCUCGGUGAUAUUAAGGUUGUAAGUUUCCUUAUUUGGGUAAUAUUUUUUGGAAUUUUUUAUGGAAGUAUUUCACUAUAUUUGUUAUGGCAUAUGGAAGAACUGGUCACUAGGUAUCACCCCGAAAAAUAUUCUUCGAUUAAAACAAUUCAAGGAACACUGUUUGCUAUAAAAUGUUUUGGAGGUGAAGCUCCAUUUUUCUUUUUAUCUGGUAAAAUCAUCAAAAAAGUUGGUCACCUGAAUUCGAUAAUAAUUGGUCUUGCUACACUAUCGUUUAGAUUUUUUCUAUACUUUAUUAUUAAAGAUCCAGUGUGGGUGUUGCCCGUAGAGUUGUUGAGUAGUCUAGGUUUUGCAUUACCAUAUUCGGCAAUGACAGCUUAUGCAUGCGUUUUAGCACCAGAAGGACUCAAAAGUACUGUUCAGGGGUUGUUUAGUACGAUAUUCCAAGGAGUAGGCGUGGGUCUUGGAAGUCUUAUAACGGGUUACCUCUUCAACGAAAUAGGGAGCAGCGAGACUUAUCUCGUUUUGAGCAUAUUGGCAUUAGUUGUUUGUUGUAUACAGACUAUUACAAUCAAGAUUAUGGCUAGAACUUCAAAAUCUCAUGAAAAUAGUGACGUCAAUUAAAGCAUAAAGUGAAGCAAAAUCCUUAAGAGGAUGGAUGUCAUACGCACAUAUUACGUUCUCUCUGUGACUGUUAUACUAACAAAACACAGCAAAUUUUACGUCAAAAUAAUCUAUUUUACUCUGUUCAUUUUAAUAUUAGAAAGAAUUUACUUAAUAAUUAUAUAAUAAAAUUUAAAUAUAAAAAUACUAUUUAGAGCUUCACGCCUUCACGAACAUUUUUUUUUGAUAUUUUAAUUUUUAAGCAAGUUAUGAGCAUUUAAAAUAAUCGAGUAAAAUGGUUAUUCACUGAACGUACAAUUUGCCAUGUUAUGCGUUGGUAAGAUGAAGACAACACAACUUCUAAAUACAUUAAAGUAAUUGUAAAGGAAAUCAAUGAUUAUAAUUAUGUAUAAAUUACCAAACAGUAUAAAGAUACCUAUAAAAUGUUUUGAAUAAAAAAAAAUGUAAUUUAAUUAUAAAUUUAUAAAAGAUUCUAUACCUAACUAGCUUUGUUUUGUUUUUAUUAUUAUUAUUAUUAUUAUUAUUAGAAGUAGAAGUAGAAGAAGAAGAAGAACAUAGAUUAUUGGCUGCUUUUGGCGUUUUGUGUAGGCAAUUUAUGGUUGUAGAUUUACAUAAAUUAUUUAUUUUUUUAUUAUUAUAAUUGUAGUUUUAUGAUUUGUAUGAUUCAAUAGUAUUUUGAUAGCAUAAGCUAUGUAUAAAUCAAUGAUAUAAAUAAUAUGUUUGGUACAAAUUGAAUGAAUA